AUGGCCGUCCUUUCACGACGUUAUUGCGGUUUUUAUGAUGAUUGCGGCGGGCAUUCCGACUGGGAUAGCUGGGGUCGUUGGGUAGCGUUUGCAGUCAUCGUCUUCUGUGCUUUCAUCUUGUUCCUCGGAUUUUCUUGUCUCAACGCCCGUCGACGUCGUCGUCAUGGCCUCCGCCCUAUCACGGGAACGGGAUGGAUGGCGCCUCCUCCUGGACCUCCUCCCCCUCAUCAACCGGUCUACUACGGGAACCAGAACGACUACUACGGCUCGCCACCACCCCCUCAAUACUCGGCAAACCCCCAAAACUACGGCUACUUUGGCGCCCAGAACCCCGGACAACAGCAGAAUGGCAUCGAGCUACAACAGCCCGCUGCUGCUCACGCAGCAAGCCGGGCUUACAGUCCGCCUCCAGGCCCCCCUCCCUCAAAGGUCUAA